UAUGGCGGAGACAGACCAAGACCUUGUGUUUGAAGAAUGGCUAAAGUGUUUCUCAGGAAGAUCUCAAGAGACUAUCUCCUUCCCAGAUGAGCUGGCUGCUACAGCGGAUGUAGAAGAGACAGCUGGGGAAUUCCAGGGGUUCCCUUUGGAAAAAGUAAUGAAUGAAGAUGGUGAAGGACACUUCGGAGAUGGACCACAGAGGCAGGGCGGAAGCCAUUCAGCAGGGGAUGGUCAGAGGAAUGAGGAGGAUGAGGAACUGCAUCCUCUCUCGCCAGAUGAAGUCAAUAAUGAAGACUUGAGAGGAAACUUCAGAAACCAAGUUGGACCUAAGAGGCAGAAAAGAAGCAACAUCAUCAAGAAGAGGGGUAAAACCAUUCUCCCCCAAGGGGGGGAUUUCCAAGAAGUAAUUCGCACGGUGAAGGAAACAUACAAGUGCUUGGUGUGUGGAAUGAACUUCUCAGAUCACUCCCAGUAUACUGUCCAUUUACGAAUGCACAGUGGAAAGAACACUCCCCACUGGCUGGAACGUGGAAAGACCAUGAUUCGCAGAGCAGAGCUCCUUGGACUUCAAAGAACACACAGAAGAGAGAAACCAUACAGCUGCUCAGACUGUGGCAAGAGAUUCUCAGAGAAAUCAAACCUUGUUCGACACGAAAGGAUGCAUUCAAGAGAGAAUCUAUUUAUCUGCUCAGAGACUGGAAUGACGUUCUCUGUGGGAGGCAAAGGUAAUAUACAUCUUCCAAAGCACAGUAUAAUGAAUGCAUGUAAAUGCUUUUGGUGUGGAAACUACUUCAAAUACAGAUCACAGCUCCUUGUGCACCAAAGAAUCCACAGAGGGGAGAAGCCAUUUGAAUGCUCAGAGUGUGGGAAGAGAUUCAGCCGCAGUGGCCAUCUUCAAGAACAUCUAAGAACCCACACAGGGGAGAAGCCUUUUGAAUGCUCAGAGUGUGGGGAAAAAUUCAGUUGCAGUGGCUAUCUUCAAAUUCAUCUAAGAACCCACACAGCAGUGAAACGUUUUGAAUGCUCAGAAUGUGGGAAAAGAUUCAGUCGCAGUAGCCAUCUUCAAAAUCAUCUAAAAAGCCACACAGGGGAGAAGCCUUUUGAAUGCUCAGAGUGUGGGAAGAGAUUCAGUCACAGGGACACCUUUCAAAACCACCUAAGAACCCACACAGGGGAGAAGCCUUUUGAAUGCUUAGUGUGUGGGAAGAGAUUUGUUCGCAGUGGCCAUCUCCAAGAGCAUCUAAGAACCCACACAGGGGAGAAGCCUUUUGAAUGCUCAGAGUGUGGGAAGAGAUUCAGUCACAGUGGUGCUCUUCAAGAGCAUCUAAGAACCCACACAGGGGAGAAGCCUUUUGAAUGCUCAGAGUGUGGGAAGAGAUUCAGCCACAGUAGCGCUCUUCAAAAUCAUGUAAGAACCCACACAGGGGAUAAGCCUUUUGAAUGCUCAGAGUGUGGGAAGAGAUUCAGUCGUAGUGGCAGUCUUCAGGAACAUCGAAGAACCCAUACAGGGGAGAAGCCUUUUGAAUGCUCAGAGUGUGGGAAGAGAUUCAGUCGCAGUGGCACACUUCAAAAUCAUCUAAGAACCCAUACAGGGGAGAAGCCUUUUGAAUGUUCAGAGUGUGGGAAGAGAUUCAGUCACAGUGGUGCUCUUCAAAAUCAUCUAAGAACCCACACAGGGGAGAAGCCGUUUGAAUGCUCAGAGUGUGGGAAGAGAUUCCGUCGCAGUGGCCAUCUCCUAGAACAUCAAAGAACCCAUACAGGGGAGAAGCCUUUUGAAUGCUCAGAGUGUGGGAAGAGAUUCAGUCAUAGUGGUGCUCAUCAAGAGCAUCUAAGAACCCAUACAGGGGAGAAACCUUUUGAAUGCUCAGAGUGUGGGAAGAGAUUCAAUCGCUGUGGUGCUCUUCAAAAUCAUCUAAGGACCCACACAGGGGAGAAGCCUUUUGAAUGCUCAGGGUGUGGGAGGAGAUUCAGUAGCAGUAGCCCUCUUCAAGAACAUCUGAGAGCCUGUAGGGGAAUUUUGGACGUCCAGGCUGCUACCAGGAAUCCCCAACCCCAUUAGCGUUCUUUCCUAUGGGUGGUUGGAGUCUGGGUAGGGAAUUCAGGCCUUCAGAGGGAGAGAAACACAGCGAGGACAGUUGCCUUAAACGAAAAAUAUUAUUAACUCUAAAACCAUACAGUCUAAGGCUGUGAUCACGCACACAAAACAAUCCACUUUCA